GGUGUAUAAUAGUGAGGUGUAUAAGAUAUUGCUCUCCACUCACUUUUGAAAAUUAACAGAAGAGCCAAAUCCGGACCCCCUUAGAUAUUCCCAUCUCAACGCACAUGUGAAACAAUUACAGGAUUGACUAUUCCACGAAACUGGAAAUCCUUGCUUUUCUUUUACGUUCUGUUUCUUCGAAUGUCUUUCCGUGAAUCCGUUUCUCUCUGCAGUUGUUGAUUCUAAUCGAUUCCACAGAUCAUCCGAUUCGUCUCUCUCCAUAAGAACUCUGAGUGUAUCGAUCAGAGUCCCGAUCUGACCAUUUCGAUCCGAAAUUCGAUUUCUGAAAUCCGAUUGAAUCGUCGGUGAUGAUGAAUUCGAGCUUCGUAUCGAGUCCAGUUACGAACACGGCGAGUAGAGUAGCGGCUAGGAGGAGGAGGAGGAGGAAGGAGAGGAAGCUAAGCAUACUGUUGGCUGCGCAAAGUCAAGAUGCGAACAGUAACAAUUUCGCUGCUGAUUGGAAAUCGGAGACGCAAGAGCAAGUUUACUCUUCUAGGCUUCUCGGAGCUCUGCGGAUGCUCCGGAUAAAUCCGCCGUCUCCGACGGCGCCGAAGGGCGGGAGAGCGGUUCGGGAAGCUGCGGACAAAGUUUUGGCGGUUACUGCGAAGGGGCGAACCAGGUGGAGCCGCUCCAUCCUCACCAACCGCCUCAAGCUGAAGUUUAUGAAGAGGCACAACAAGAGGCAGAGAUUGGUGUCAGCGGCGAGAGGGAGUAAUAGUCGAUGUCCGAAGAAACGGAGAUUGAUUAUUCAGCAGCUGAAGAUGAAGAAUUUGCCGACUGUGCAGAGGAAGGCGCGGGUAUUGGGCCGGAUAAUACCUGGAUGCCGGAAAGAGCCGCUGCCGGUGAUUUUAGAAGAAGCCACCGAUUAUAUUGCCGCUCUGGAAAUGCAAGUACGAGCCAUGAGCACUUUAGCCGGUCUACUUUCCGAUGCAUCUUCAAGCUCAGCUCCUCCUCCAUCUUGAUCAUUCCAAUCCUAAUUUUCUUAUUUUCCAAUUCCAUGUAAUUCUGUAAAAUACAUUUUAUACUUGCUCCCACUUACUUCGUAUAUAUACCAUUUAGCCGGUCUACUUUAAACCAGUUCCAAUCUAACUAUGAAUGAUGUGCCUUGGUUGAAAAGUUUUAGCCUCAAAGGCACCCUAGAGGAAUGCUUCGAGUGCUCGGUGUACAGGAUUGUGUACACCAUUCAUAUACAUUGUCUCUCUAUGCUAAUAAAGUUGUCUC